UAAAUGAUUUCUAUCAUAUUUCUAUAACGGACUCUCGGAGUAAUACUUUUACAGGAACAGGAGAAGAAUUAAGAGAAGAAGAAACAUUACCAUCAGAUGAUUUAGCUGACACUAAUCGAAUCAAUGCAGAACCUAGCGACAAAGAUAAAGGAAAUAUCGCGCAAUGGUCUUCUGGAAGCCAGGAAGGAAAUAUGAUUACGAAAACAGAAGAUGGGCUCGAGUUGUCAGUGGAACAGAUAGGUAAAGCGCAAAAAUUUAUUAAAUGGGCUGGAAGUGCUUUAAAUUACGACGAUGUACCUACGGCUGUGUCGAAUCUUCGAAAGGCUCUGCACCUUUUAACGACUGGUCAGGAACCUGUGUGAUUGAAAUUAUGGAUGAAAAUAUUAAUUAAAUGAAUCAUUCUGCCGCCUUCAACAAAGUAACAGUAAGCCUCAUAGUUGGUCAAUUGAUUUUAAUUUACAAGCACGAAUGUAAAUAUUAAUGUUUAUGUAGCUUAAGUAACGCAAAAGUAGAAACAAUAACUUAUUUAUUUGAAUUGUUCACAUUAUUACAGUCAUGCCGAAUGUUACUGGUAUUUUUGAGAUAUAAAUCUGUUCUACAUGUGUAUAAAACAGCGUCAAUAUAUGAAUUCGUUAUUAUCGUAGUAAUUAUAGUUGUUUCAGAAUACAUACGUAUAUGUAUAA